AUGCCUUCACUCGAAAACGUAUUCGUUCGUGAUCCCAACAAAACCAUUAUCGUUGGAAUUCGCGUUUUGGUAGUAUCCUUGCAGCCAACUUCAACCGGCUCUAAUGAUGUUCGCUUCGCUCAAACAGCAUUUCUCCACGUGAUCGCCAUGACCUACAUCUCCACGUGUCCCACCGGGCAUGUGGCGAUGCAGCACCUCCGUUCGCCAACUGACCGCUUUCGAGUCAAUGCGUCAAAGGUGGAAGUCAGUUGGGCAGGGCCUACGUUUGGUCGCGACUCCACAUGCACCGUGCUCCACAACGCAACGCAUGUCACAUAG